AUGGAGCAGCCUCCGGGGAUUUAUGAUUUUGUAAAAUUGCCCUCAAUCGGCUCACCUUUUCUUUCUCUUGGGCAGAUACCUAUUCCUAGUGACAAUGUGUAUGCGAUAAACGAUGCACUAUCAGCAGAGAGUGCGACAGAUGAUUACGAGACUUGUCUAAGACACUUGGUUAAGACCAAGAUUGUAGACAUAUCCGAUGCUACUGGAUUUCCAAAAUUUGAUGUGAUGCUAUUGGGUAUGGGUCCCGAUGGGCAUGUAGCUUCCUUAUUUCCUGAGCAUCCUCUUGUCCAUGAGAAAGAGAAGUGGGUCACCUUUAUCAGGGAAUCUCCAAAACCUCCACCGGAAAGGAUUACAUUUACAUUUCCUGUAAUAAACUCAUCGGCAAAUGUCGCUCUUGUUGUAGCAGGUGCUGGGAAGGCAGAUUUAGUACAUAAAUCACUAGGUGAUAGUGAAAGCUGUGUUCAAUUAGUGAUUUACUUUCCAUGUUAG